UUUCUGAAAUUAAGGGACCAGAACAGACUGAAAGGAAAAUAGAUUCGUAAAUAAGCUCCGUCAACUCUCUUCUGCUGAGGGUAGCUUAGUGAUGUUAAAUCCUUUACAAAUCCCUGGCUGUCUUCCUACAGACAAGAUUGUUUUUUGAUGGGACUGAUAUUAGGAGAAGUAGGACCUUUUGCGCAUUCGACUCAUUGAUAAAACUUAUCAUCAUCGGCAUGAGUGGCUUAAAAGAGGAAAUAAAGAAGCUUUCAACUAAAUCCAAAAGUGCAGGCAUUUUCUUUACUGCUGUUAUUUUAAAAACCUCUUCAUAACCAUUGAAAGAGAAUUGACAACUAUUUUAAAAGAUUAAAGAAAGGCAGAUGUCUGCAAAUAAUUCCCCUCCAUCAGCCCAGAAGUCUGUAUUACCCUCAGCUAUUCCUGCUGUGCUUCCAACUGCUUCUCCGUGUUCAAGUCCUAAGACGGGACUCUCUGCCCGACUGUCUAAUGGAAGCUUCAGUGCACCAUCGCUCACCAACUCCAGAGGCUCAGUACAUACGGUUUCAUUUCUACUGCAAAUUGGCCUCACACGGGAGAGUGUUACCAUUGAAGCCCAGGAACUGUCUUUAUCUGCUGUCAAGGAUCUAUGUGCUCCACUGUUUAUCAAAAGAAUUAUCACCAACCAGCAAUUUUGAAUUCAUCGGCUCUUCAGCAAAUUGCAGAAGGCACCAGUAUUUCUGAAAUGUGGCAAAAUGACUUACGGCCGUUGCUGAUAGAGCGAUACCCGGGAUCUCCUGGAAGCUAUGCCGUUCGCCAGCACAUCAUGCAGCGAAUUCAGAGGCUUCAGGCUGACUGGGUCUUGGAAAUAGACACCUUCUUGGGUCAGACGCCCUAUGGGUACCGGUCUUUCUCAAAUAUCAUCAGCACCCUCAAUCCCACCGCUAGACGACACUUGGUUUUCGCCUGCCACUAUGACUCCAAGUAUUUUUCCCAUUGGGACAACAGAGUGUUUGUGGGAGCCACUGAUUCAGCAGUGCCGUGUGCAAUGAUGUUGGAACUUGCUCGUGCCUUAGACAAGCAACUCCUUUCCUUAAAGAAUGUUUCAGACUCCAAGCCAGAUCUGUCACUUCAGCUGAUUUUCUUUGAUGGGGAAGAGGCUUUUCUUCACUGGUCUCCUCAAGAUUCUCUCUAUGGAUCUCGACACUUAGCUGCAAAGAUGGCAUCGACCCCACACCCACCUGGAGCGAGAGGCACCAGCCAACUGCAUGGCAUGGAUUUAUUGGUCUUACUGGAUUUGAUUGGUGCUCCAAACCCAACAUUUCCCAAUUUUUUUCCAAACUCAGCCAGAUGGUUUGAAAGACUUCAAGCAAUUGAACAUGAACUUCAUGAAUUGGGUUUGCUCAAGGAUCACUCUUUGGAGAGGCAGUAUUUCCAGAAUUACAGUUAUGGAGGUGUGAUUCAGGAUGAUCAUAUUCCAUUUUUAAGAAGAGGUGUUCCAAUUCUGCAUCUGAUACCAUCUCCUUUCCCUGAAGUCUGGCACACCAUGGAUGACAAUGAAGAAAAUCUGGAUGAAUCAACCAUUGACAAUCUAAACAAAAUCCUACAAGUCUUUGUGUUGGAAUAUCUUCACUUGUAAUCCUGAUUUAGUUUAUGGAAAUUGCUUCUAGAAUUGAAUUCAAAAGUCAAAGCAUAUUUAAAAAGUAACCUGAUUUCAGACAAAUGCUGUGUGGAAACUUCUAUCCUAUAGAUUGUCCUAUUCUUAGGUGUUUUGGGUUAUCAGAUGAAUUAUAGAAUAAUUAUACUGUGAUAUUGCAUCCUAAAUUGCUCAUUGAUUUUUAUUUACGGAUUGAAAAAGAUGGAAUGUGUAAGGAAAAUGGAAAAUAAAUAUCUUUCAAAAAUUCUUUUGGAUAAAUACUAUGAAGCAAAAUCAGGUUCAUUUAUUCAAUAUCAUAGUCUUCUAAACAGUACUUAAAUGGUGGUUGCAAAAUAUCCUUCAUUUUAUGAUUUUUCAUGUGUGGGAAUCUAUUACAUGUAAUACAAAACAAAGACGUAGUUUGAAGGCUCUCAGAUUUCUUUGAGAAAUCUUUGUAGGGUUAAUCUUAUGGAAAUUAAAAUCAGAAUUAAAUGCUA